AUGAGGAUUUGUUUGGGAUGGGUUAGGGAGCGAGCCCAAGCUAACGCUGUCUGUGCUCUCUUUUGCAUCCGCCUGGAUCUGGGGAAGGAGCGGCAGAAAAAAGCCAGGUUGCUCGAGAGCAGCGACGGCUCCAAGGACUCGGACAGCUCUGCGGGGCGCCGGGGCAGCGCGGGCCGCAAGCACGGCCGCUGGCGGGCCCGGCCCGACGGCGCCGGCCUGCUGGUGUCCAAGGUGGUGCGGGCCGUGACGGCGAGGCACCGCGCGGGCCGGAGGCCGCCGCCCGCACCCGACUCCUCCAGCCGCAGGAACCUGACGGAGCGGCGCGGGGACGGCCAGCCGGGCGUCCUGCAGCAGGGGGACACGGGCAGCGUGGAGGGCGCGCCGCAGCCCACCGACAACGGCUUCACCCCCAAGUGCGAGAUCACGGGCAAGGACGCGCUGUCGGCGCUGGCGCGGGCCAGCAGCAAGCAGUGCCAGCAGGAGAUCGCCAACGUGGUGUGUCUGCACCGCGCCGGCAGCCUCAUGCCGCAGUCCGUGCCCCGCCACUGCCAGCUCUCAGGGAAGGUCAGCCCCGUGAUCCAGUGGGACGAGAGCCGGCUGCAGCAGGCGCCCCCGAGCAGGCCCGUGCGCAUCGUGUACAUGCUGGUCGUGCACGGCAGGGCCAUUCGCCAGCUGAAGCGCCUCAUCAAGGCCGUGUACCACGAGCAGCACUUCUUCUACAUCCACGUGGACAAGCGCUCCAACUACCUGCAUCGGGAGGCACUGGAGCUGGCCCAGCACUACCCCAACAUCCGCGUGACGCCCUGGCGCAUGGUCACCAUCUGGGGAGGCGCCAGCCUGCUGAAGAUGUACCUACGUAGCAUGAAGGACCUGCUGGAGCUGGCCGAGUGGCCCUGGGACUUCUUCAUCAACCUGAGUGCCACCGAUUACCCCACCAGAACCAAUGAAGAGCUGGUGAUGUUCCUGUCCAAAUACCGAGAUAAGAACUUCCUCAAGUCUCAUGGCAGAGACAACGCCAGGUUUAUCAAGAAGCAGGGCCUGGACCGCCUGUUCCACGAGUGCGACUCGCACAUGUGGCGCCUGGGCGAGCGCCACAUCCCCGAGGGCAUCGUGGUGGACGGCGGCUCGGACUGGUUCUCGCUGACGCGCAGCUUCGUGGAGUACGUGGUCUACACCAACGACCAGCUGGUGUCCCAGCUGCGGCAGUUCUACACCUACACGCUGCUGCCGGCCGAGUCCUUCUUCCACACAGUCCUGGAGAACAGUCACGCCUGCGAGACACUGGUCGACAACAACCUCCGAGUGACCAACUGGAACCGAAAGCUGGGCUGUAAGUGCCAAUAUAAACACAUAGUCGACUGGUGCGGGUGCUCCCCAAAUGACUUCAAACCUCAGGACUUCCUACGGCUACAGCAACUCUCCAGACCCACCUUCUUUGCGCGCAAGUUUGAGUCGACUGUGAACCAGGAGGUGCUGGAGAUCCUGGACACGCACCUCUACGGCAACUACCCGCCCAACACGCCGGCCCUCAAGGCCUACUGGGAGAGCGUCUAUGACCGCAUCGACGGCCUCAGCGGCCUCAGCGACGUCACCCUGACCUUCUACACGGCCUUCUCCAGGCUGGGGCUCCGCAAAGCCGCAUCGGCGCCGAAGGCGGAAAAGCUCUGCAGAUUUGAGCCCCAGGGUUUCCCAUCCAGUGUGCACUUAUAUUUCUAUGACGACCGUUUCCAGGGUUACCUGGUGAUGCAGGAGGUGCAAAACUCGGCAACUGGGCAAGCAGAGUCCUUGGAGGUGUGGAUGAUGCCCCAGGGAGCUUUGAAGCUGGCAGAUCAUGGAGGACAGACAAAUAGGUUACAAAACCUUGAGGUGGGCACAGAGUGGGAUCCCAAGGAAAGGCUCUUCCGCAACUUCGGAGGCCUGAUGGGGCCCUUUGACGAGCCAGUGGCCAUGCAGAAGUGGUCGCGGGGGCCCAACCUGACAGCCACCGUGGUGUGGAUUGACCCCACGUACGUCAUCGCCACUUCCUACGACAUCACGGUGGACGCCGAGGCCGAGUUCACCCAGUACAAACCUCCCCUCAACCGGCCCCUGCGCCCCGGCAUCUGGACCAUCCGCCUGCUCCAGUUCUGGGAGCUGCUGGGGGAGAGCCAAUUCCUGGUGGUGCCACAGACCUUCAACCGCAAGCAGCCUCUCAGGAAGGACGACAGCAGCUGGCUGCACGGCGGCCCCCCCCGCAACGAGUACAUGGAGCAGAGCUUCCAGGGCCUGGGGGGCAUCCUGAACUUGCCGCACGCGGCCGAGGCGGAGAAGGAGGCGGCGCGGAGGGCGCAGCUGACGGGCAGGGCGCUGGACGACUGGGCGGACGGCGCCGUCGGCUCCUUCUGGUCCGUGGCGGACGUGUGUGCGAGCGGCCCCUCCAGCUGCUCUGCCCUGGAAACCUGCGGGAAAACCUCGUGGAGCUCGCUCUCCCCAGACCCCAAAUCGGAACUGGGGCCCGUCAAAGCCGACGGGCGGCUGAGGUAGCAGGAGCAGCCGGGCAGCGGCGUUGGCAGCGAGGAGCAGCUGCCGUCACCGACGUGGUGACGGAUUUGGGGUUCCCUGGACUGCGUCACCGUGGGAGAUUUGCUCCGUAGUCCCUCGGGGAGAGCGUGGGAACCUCCGUGACAGGGUAAACCACCUCCUGGGGGUAUUUUUGAGGAUGAGAGGGGGGUGUGAGACUGGGACCUUGCCCACCUUGCCAGGAACAGGCGCUUGCUGCCAGAGCA